AAAAUUAUAUAAUUAUACCUAUUUAGGGGAAACGCAGCACUUCAGCAAGGACUAUGUUUUCAAAGAUAGUGACUGGUCAGCAGCUCAAAUUGUGCUAGCUCUGUACCAAGGAAACUGGGCUUACGGAGGCUAUACAAUACUCAAUUAUGGAAUGGAAGACAUCCAAAUCAAAAACUUUAAAAGGACGGUGCCUCUAGCGGUUCUUUUUGGUCUGUUUCUCUCAGCUGGCGUAUAUGUACUUGCUAAUGUGGCUUACUUUGCUGUGCUAACACCACAAGAAAUUCUUGCCUCUUCUGCUGUUGCUACGACGGUAGGACCUUUCUCAUACGCUAUGCCUGCCUUUAUUGCCGUUCUCAUGUUAGGGAGUGUGAAUGCGGAGAUUUUUGCCUGGAGUAGGUAA